AUGGAAGGAAGUUUGCACGAUCAAGAGAGGCACUUUCUUACUUCUCCUGGAGCACCCACACUCACUAGUUGUCAGGUUCAAGAAGUGGCUUCAAGUCCCGAUAUUCCCCAGUCAACAUCCCAAUGGCGAUUAUUUGAUAUGUUGAAGAUCUCAUCAAGUCCCAAACUUAAAGAAAAGCCCAUUGAGCCAACAAAACAACAUACCGACCCAGCAAACGACAUAAUUGUCUCCAAUUGCAUAUGUUGUGCUACUCUAUUAUCACAUCCACAGAUAUCCUCUAAGUUCGAAUGCUCAAUCUGUCAUACGGUGAACCUCUUGAAAGACUUUCAAGACUACUAUAUGAAAGACUCCCAUGUACCCCAUACCAUCUCCUUUCGAUAUGUGAAAAGAGUGGCAGAAAAAUGUUUAGCGGAUGCUCAUGAUAACCAGCACAAGACACUUCAUGAGAUAUUUGAACCUCUUUCAAACUACCUUUACACGGCGUUCCAAAAUUAUGGGUGUGUGAACAAUUCAUUCAAGGUUAAAAAAUCCAGCUCCAAGAUUCACUACUCGACUUCCAAUAUUAACUACGAAGAUAUUCAAAAAGUGUUCGACCUUUUGACGAAACUUCCCACAAAAAGACCUUUGUAUAAUGCUUUGCAAGGAUGUUCAACACUAUUGAGACGAAUACCAGUUAGUUUUGGAGAGGAUGCUAGGAAUUAUUGUUUCUUAUUGAUAAUGUUUCAGAUUCCUCUUUUGUCCCACGCUUUGACUCAUUACGAAUCUAAAUCAAAUCCUCCCUGUACAAGAAUGAUAGACUCCCCGGAAAUCAAAGCUUUGUGUUAUGAUGUGAUCAAACGUGUGUUGGGCAUAUUGUCUAAUAUCAAAUCUGUGAGGGUCAAGAACUAUAUCACUAGUUGGUUUUCCAGAUACUCAUCCAGUGACUUUGUUUCUAAAGUGGAUCUAAUAAAUGUGUACAUCACUUUCCACAUGAAAAAAUACUUCUACAUCGCAAAUAAUCCAGAACAUAGGAGAAAAUUACUGAUACCCAGCCCGGGAAACAAUGUUGAUGAAGAAUACUUUCAAAACUCGUCUUUCAAAGAACAAAUUGAACAAAUGAAUUCAGGCUCGCUGCCUUUACCAACGGGUCCCUUAAAUUUUGGCAGGACCAAAUCUAAAAAGUCCAAGGAUCUGACUACAAAAAUAAGGAUUUAUCAAUAUGGUAAUGACUGGCAUUUGAAGACUGCAUCUAUUGUGUUACAGUCUUUUCUUGAAGCUUAUAAUAUAAGAGCGGAUAGUUUGCAUGUCUCAAUAUUUUACAAUUCAUUGGUAGAUUAUGUGAAUCUCAAAAUGGACUUUGACUCGUGGAUUAGCAAUAAGAAAUUCAAAGACCAAAAACCUGGUGACAAUCCAGAGCUUCUGGUAGUUAUUGAUUAUAUCAAUGGAAACCAAAAUUCUUUUGCUUCUUCUGCCACCUUUUUCUUCAGCAAAUACCCGUUUUUGAUAACAUUAGGAAACAAAAUAUCCAUUUUAGAGUAUGAAGCCAAAAGGAUUAUGGAAAGGAAAGCAGAGGAGGCAUUUAUAAACUCAUUGGAUAGAAGAGUACCCUUGGAUGUUUACUUCAGGGUGCGUGUUAGACGAUCACACUUCGUCCAAGAUUCAUUGAAUUGUAUUCUUGCUAACCAACAGAACUUGAAAAAGAGUUUGAAAGUCCAGUUUGUUGGAGAAGCAGGUAUUGAUGCUGGAGGCUUAAGAAAAGAAUGGUUCUUGUUGCUAACUAAAGCUAUGCUAAGUCCAGAAACGGGUAUGUUGGUUAAUGUAGAAGAGUCUAAUUAUCAUUGGUUCAAUUUGGUACCCAUAAACAAUGUUGAUAACUAUUACCUCUUCGGAGCAGUUUUGGGAUUGGCGGUUUACAAUUCUACUAUCUUGGAAUUAAACUUCCCAAUUGCAUUCUAUAAGAUGCUAUUGAAAAUUCCCUUGGGGUUCAGUGAUUUUGAGCAAUUACAUCCGGAUUUGUCAAGAAACCUUUUCAAGAUCAAGAGCUUAAGCGAUGAGGAGCUCAAUAUGCUUGAUCUAAGUUUCGAGAUUUCCAUCUUUGACUUAUUUCAUAACGUCGUCAAUAGGGAACUUGUUCCGGAUGGCAAGAACAUACAAGUGACUUCAAAGAAUAGAGACUUGUAUAUUGAGAAGUAUGCUAAGUUCCGCUUAACCGACGGAGUUGCGGAGCAAACGGACUCUCUUUUGAAAGGGUUCUGCUCAGUCACCAGUGGAAAUGGUCUUUCCUUGUUUUCACCUGAAGAAAUUCAGUUGCUUUUAUGUGGUAACGAAGAAGGGAAGUUGGAUCUCGAAAUUUUGAGAUCUGUCACGAAAUACCUUGGAUGGAAGGAUAGCGAAGAAGCACAGAACAGUCAACUUAUUAAUUGGCUUUGGGAGUAUCUAAAUGAACUAAGCUACAAAGAACAAAAGAAAUUUCUUUCUUUCGUUACAGGAAGUGAUAGAAUACCUGCCACUGGUAUCCAAAAUCUUAACUUAACUAUAAAGAAGGCUGGUUCUGAAUCCGAGAGGCUCCCUACUGCUCACACCUGUUUCAAUGAAUUAGAAAUUCAUCGGUAUGCAACCAAGGAAAAGUUGUACGAAAAGUUGAGUAUGGCAAUUCAAGGCUCUAGUGGAUUUGGUAUAAAAUAG